CACCGCUCAGAAAGGUCAGGGCCAAGAAAGUCGACCAAGCGAUGGCGUAUGCUAGACUCAACAACCUUCAGAGCCACCAGCAGCAUUACUUCUCUACCAUCGCUCUCGACAACCGCGGCUCGUCGAACGCCAUCAACGGCUUCAAUCCACCUGCGUCUUCGACCUUUCAACGGAAACCUAACCAUUACUCAUUCCCUCGUGAGCACGAUGUCGCCGGAAGGUGGCCUUUGCAUCUGGAUGCCCAGGCAAGAGUCUAUCGACUGGCAGCCUACCGUAGACUCUUGCGAUCGAGAGCUCAUUGCGAGACCGUCUUUGCCGAAUUUGAGAGGACUCUGCUGUCAGUCAUGCACGAUGCGAUAGACAUGAAUCUGCUCCGAAAUACAGCGGAUCUUCUCUACAAGUUUCCCACCGAGACUGCACAAGCUUCUGAUGUCAUCGACGGGAAGGUGGAGCACAUCGCGCUGCUCCUUGCUUGCGUCCGCCUAUGCUCCGACUCUCAUCCGUCAAAUGAUCGCGUCGAUCCUCGCGAAUCUCAAGAUCUCCUCUUCUUGGCAGAAGAAGCCGUCGAUGUGCACAAUGCUGGUCAAGUCAAAAGUUUGGCGGGUCUGCAAGCAGGUAUGCUUCUUCUGAUGAUUUACGAAAGCCAAAAACGCUAUCGUGACGGACAGUGGGACAGGCUUUGGGAAGGCUUGAUCGGCGCGUGUGUCGAAAUGCGUCUUCAUGACCUUGCCGGUCAUGCAAUGUCUCGCGAUGAUCCUCAAUUCACACACUUCACAUCGCGGCAAGAGGAAUUUGCGGUCAGAAUAUGGUGGUGGUUUGUCUGUCGCGACUGGUUAACGACGUGCUCACUGAACCAAGCUGGGUUCAAGACUCGUCUUCCCAGCGACAUCGAUCAGGACGCGCUCGACCACCCAAGGGUGCUCCAGCUUCCGGCAUCCUUACACUACACCCGGGUCGCGUACUCUCUCCGACUCAUCGACCUCGCCUUCCUCAACUAUGAAUGGGUUAGGGCACUCAAAGACGCUUCAACGCCCUCUUCCUCCGAUUUGCAGCCAGCAGCUAGACAACGACUGCUCCACCGAGUCCCUCCAAUUCUUCAGCAACUCCACCAGCUGUACUUUCGCCCCGACCUCUCCAUGCGAUUGAAGCAGGAGAACAAUCAUGACAACAAGUCCGCACUCAACGCGGCCGUGAUACUUCGCGACCGCUGGUUGCUCUGCCAUCAGGCUAUGAGUACUCUUGGCAGCAUGUACUUGUCCGAACGAGCAUCUUGGGGUGCUCAGGGGGAUUUGACAAGCGUUGCUGCCAGCCUCGUGUCUACUGCUCUCAACUUGGUGGAGAAUAAUGAGUCAGAGAUGGUCCGACACCUGCAAGGCGCGCCUAUCAACAUUGGACGCUGGCACCGAGUGCUCGAGGCAUGCUACGUCGUCUUGCAAGCUGUGCGCUUAGAGGGCAAGCUUUCGCGCAGCAGUACGACAGCUCCGCUGCACCGGGUAUGGUGCGAGAAGGUGUCGCGCGCUUUGAAGCCCCUCCAAGCCUCUCACCAAGGUGCCUGGGCUGCCGCUGCGAUCACGACUCGCAUUCUCAGUGGGGAGAGCUGGGAUGCGGCACUACAAUCCGCCAGUCGACAAGUUGGCCAUGGAAGUCAGUCCUCGCUGCGCUCGUUGCUUCAGCUUGGCGGCAGAGCUGGAUGUAUGGACACGCGCAAGCUUCUGGAGCAGCAGUGUGAUGUGACUGCUGGCUAUAUCGCUGCAGCGCCUCGCUUGAACACCGAUUCUGAUGCGCAUUCGCAGUCCACGGCUCCUCUUGCAAGCUCCGGGGGCGGCUCAAUUAGUGUAUCGUCCACUCAUGAGCUCGGAAGCCUUCACUACCAGCCUUUCUCACUCGCUCUAGGGUCUUCUACGAGACCAGCGCCAGCGACGAUGACCCUCAAUUCCACUUCUCUGGCACCCUCAUCGAAUUAUGCUAAUCGGGCGCCUUCUCUCUUUCUCGAACCAUCGGAGUGGUGGGGCUCCACUGAUCCGAGUGGUAGCAGCGGCGGAUCAUGCUCGAGCGACUAUCAGGCGUAUGGAGACAAUGCAGCCGAAAAUUGGGCAACGGUGCCGGUCGCUGGGCCGGCGGUCCCAUUCAACGAGCUGCAGAGGCGUAACGCCUCUUACUUACCUCACGUCAGCAUGCUGGAGCUGGAGAACGACUUCAUGCCUUUUCGAGGUUCUUAG